AUGCAGAAUACUCUCACUACCAUUCUCUGGCUCUACGUGGCUAGUCUGUCCUCCGCUGCCCCUCUCGGAGAUGGGACUAUCACAAUCAACAACAAUGCUAUCGGCUAUGGUACUGGGGGAGGCAUCGUGGGACUCAUUGUCCUGAUCCUUGAUAUUCUCGCCAUUGUCGAGCUCAUACAAUCCAAUCGUCCAGUCAGCCAUAAGCUUCUCUGGGCCCUCGUGGUCCUCGUCUUCCCCUUUAUCGGGAUGCUCCUCUACUUUUUCUUUUCCAACCGACAAGCUCAUAAGAGCGGUUCAUCCUACGAACCUCUUCCUUAG